UUUUCGGAAUCUUAUCGCGAAAUUAAUCAUAUUACGGUGGAGGAGGAAAUUCUAGCUAGACACUGAGGCGAUUCCAAAAUGCCUUAGAGGUUCUUCUCUAGUAGUUUGCCACCUGACCGUCAUUCAGGUGUUUUGAUUUCGUCGGUGGCGGUGGUCAGCUGGUGGUUUCCAAACGCUAUGGAGAUAGAUUUUCCACCGAGGGAUGAAAGACAUCCUUUGAGAUUGAAGAUAGAAAUUUUUCUUAAUACUUUGAAUCAUGUGUUUAUUGGCUUUGUUUCUAUUAACAUGACAUGGACGUGUUUUCAAAACGGUUGGACAGUGAUGACCCUUCAUGCGUGGCUUUGUACGAUUGGGUAUAACCUCCUCCUGGCGGAAUCUAUUCUUUGUUUCUAUCCUGCAAAUGUUUGGACUGACAUGUAUUCGGUUCGCGCCAAAACCGGAGUCCAUUGGUUCCUCCAUGUGGUCGGGUCAGGAAUGGGUUUGGCCGGGGCUAUUUUGAUGAUAGUACAUGAAAAGGGACAGUUUCAUUCGACCGUGCAUGCUGUUUUUGGAUUUAUUGCAUCCUUUCUACUAUUCUUCAAUCUGGUUACCAGCGUGGCAGCUUUUUUCCACCAUUGCCGGGGUCGAAAAUUACACCCGUUCACCCACACAGCUCUUCAAAACUUCAUCUACUCUUCAUUUAUGGCAGGAAUGCUGAGUCAGUGUUUAGGAUAUUAUUAUAUGGAAUCCGUAGAUGAGAUCCUAAUCAGAUUAAUGAUCUCUUUCACAGCAAUCACAUUGGUAUUAACCGUCCUAGAAUAUACUGUUUCAUACGUAAAACAAUGUCAUACACCAGUGGAAGAUUUAGAAUUGUAGUUGAUGUAGACUAAUAAAUAUUUAUUUAUUUAU